AUGCCUGGUGUUCCACCCGAUGCGCUUCAACAGCUGAAGAAAGGCUUCAAAGCCAUUUUCCGGAGGAAGAAGAAGAACGCGGAGCAAGCGCCUCCUCCCGCCGACAAACCCGAGGACAAGCCUGCGGAGGCAGCUCCCGCUGCUCCCGAGACCAAACCUGCAGAGCAAGCCCCUGCCGCCGAACCCAAGGCCGCAGAAGCUCCUGCCGCCGACAAGCCCGCUGAGACCGCCCCUGCUGCUGCCGCCGAAACUACUCCUGCUCCUGAGACAAAGCCCGAGACCACCGAGACUCCUGCGGCCGCCCCUGCUCCUGAACAGAAAGCUGCCGAACCUGCUGCGGAGUCUGCUGCAGCUCCCGCUGCCGAGACCAAGACUGAGACUGUCGCUACGGCUACUGCGGCCCCUGUUGCUCCAGUCGAGACUACUCAGGCGGAGCCUUCGAUAGCUCCGGACUCUACAGUCCCCGAGCCUCCAACCCCAUUCGAAACGCCAGCUGAGAAGCCAGCCGAACUUGGCGAGCCUGUAAAGGUUGCUGAGCCUGCGGAUCCUUCGAAGCCCGCAGCGGCAGCUGAGCCCGCUAGGACUGAAGCGAAGUAG